AGAGAAUUUUGGCCCGAAGGAUCCCUUGCACGAGGGAGAGAGAGGAAGAGAGAGCUUACAUUAAGCUCAAGUGCAUCGGCUACACACAGGGAAACGGACAACACACACACACUCUCUCUCUCUCUUUCUCUCACACACACACACCUCACUGACGGUUGAGAGAGAGGUGACAUCGCGGUUUAACCCUUUUCUGAGCGGAAUAUCGAGUGUCGAUGGGAAAAGGAAGGACGUCGAGCUCACCACAUUGGAAACACACCAAUUUUUCCCCCAGGAUUUUAUGAUUGAUUUUAUUUUUAUGAUUUAUUUUCUCUCUCAGUGUAUAAACAGGCUCUAUACAGGAUCAUGCCAUCACUCCGACACAUUUAGCCACUGUGAGGAGAUUCAGCAGCAGUCCACAGCCCUGAGCUCCGGGUGCGCCUCACUGUCUUGUGACUGUCCUGUGAUUGUCCUGUGAUUGUCCUGCCUGAGAUCUGAUGGAGACGCGGCGCUCGGUGAGAGGCGCAGAUGAAUAAUGCCUGGAUAAAACCAGUGCGCAAACACAGCGCGCUUCAAACCGCAUAAGAGGAACAUUUCAGUGUCUUCACGGAUCAUUUCGUCCUCACAGAGCCAUGGCGAUAAUUCCUACCCUCACCGUCCUCCUCUCUGUACUUGUCUGGGGUGCAGGUGCAUCUCCUGUAGAAUCUCCACCCCCUCCCAAAGGGUGUGGUUCAGGUAUCCAUCCAUCUUACCGGCUCCUGUGUGACCUCGAGUCUGUAUGGGGGGUUGUUUUAGAGGCCGUGGCAUGUGGUGGCGCCAUUUCGGCUCUCGUUCUUUUUGCGGUUCUUCUCUCAAAGCUGAAAAUGGUGACUGAGCCAGAGCGACGUAGCGGUGUAGGACCUCUCCUGCUACUGCUGCUGAGUACAGUGGGUCUGUUCUGCCUGUCUCUGGCAUUCAUGGUGGGACGUGGCGAGACAGUGUGUGUGUUGCGUCGUGGGCUGUGGAGCUCACUCUUUGCUCUGUGUUUCUCAUGCCUGUUGGUGCAGGCACUACGGCUAAGGAAGCUUGCGACGGGGAAACGCAGUCCAUCAGGUGGCUCACUCUCGGUGCUCGCAUUCGGCAUUGCGCUCGUGCAGGGGGUCAUCAGUGGAGAGUGGCUGUUGCUCACGGUGGCACGCGAGGGCCACAGCGCCUGUGAUUACCCACCACUGGACUUUGCACUAGUCUGCGGCUACACAUUAGCACUGCUGCUCACGUCAACAACAAUCUCACUUGGAGUCCUUCUGUGUGGUGCGAGGCACGGAGAUGAUGCAGCCAGGAAGAAGAGACGUCAAUGGAGUUGUAAUGGUGUCUGGCUUUUCCUCUCCUGUCUGGCUUCCCUCCUUGUUUGGGCUGCAUGGCUCGGGUUUUACCUCUACGGUAACGCUGCAGGAAAGAGCACCAUGACCAGUGAGACUGAUGGCGAAGAACCUGCUCUGGCCAUAGCCUUAGUAAUGGAGGGAUGGGCACUGCUGCUCUUCCACGCCAUCCCAGAAGCCCACCUGUGUCUGCGAACGACCAAUCAGAGGGGCAAUGAAGGGGGUCAGGAUUACUACGAUGCACGGCAACCACAGUCCUCGCACAGUUACCGCGAUGACGAUGAGCUGCCAGCCAAUCACAGAGCAGCCUACACAGAAAGACAAACGUUUUCCAUAGAGGAGCACAGCGCAGGCAUGCAAGCUGGAGGUUACCACACUACAGUGAUACGGCCCACACCUCAAUUCCGAAGCCACGUGUACCAGCCCACUGAGAUGGCCUUGCUCAUGAACGGAGGAACGAUUCCCACAGCUCCCCCGAACUACACGGGACGGCAUCUGUGGUGAACCCCAUAAACACCCGGAUCAGACACACCCUGUGUGAUGUCACAGGGUCAAAGGGCAUAUGGUGUAGAGAGAGAGAGAGAGGGUAAACCAAUAGUUUUACUUAAGCUGUGCUUUCAUAUGACAUAAUAAUCUCUAUAAAUUAACCUGAACCUGAGCGAUGGUUUCUGUGUGGGCAGGGCCAUCAUGUUGCACUGGAUGGUGACAAAAUACAGCUGCUUUCACACCCGGCGUUUUUUGUAUUUUUAUUUUUUUAUUAUUAUUAUUCUUUCUUUCUUUUUAUUUAUUUUUUUACUUCCUAGUACUUAAGCAACUCCUACAAUAUGGCCACGAUAACUGUAACAGUGCUUGUGUUAGUCAGUCCUCAUUACUAGACGCUAACUAGCUAAUAUUAUCAUUAUUAAUAAUAAUGGUGGAAAUAGUUGUGGAAAUCACAACUCGAAUCACGACUAUCAAAGAUAUUGUGUUUAUUAUUGAGUUUGUUUAGUUAUUAGCAACUUUACUCUUCAUUACUGGGUUUAAUCCAAACUUCAAUAACUCUAAUUGGGAAAAAUGUAUGAAAGAUUUAGCAAUUAAAGUUCCAGCUCCAAAAUUUUCCCAAUCUUUCCCAGUCUUGACCACAAAUAUUUUCAUGAGAGGAUCUCACAAAAUUUACAGAUUAAUAUUAUGGUUAUUUCUUUGUCAUAUAUAAUCACGAAUAAGGAAUUUAUGUGCUAGUUAUUUCCGCCAACUUUGCUGGAAGAGGUUAUAUUUUCAUCUCCAGUUGUUUGUUUGUUUGUUUGUUCCCAACGUAACUCAAAAAGUAGUGAACGGAUUUGAAUGAAAUUUGGUGGAAAGGUGAACCAUGGGCCAAGGAACAACUGAAUAGAUUUUGAUGCAAAUCUGGAUAUGUAUGUGGCUUGACGGCAGUGUUGUAGUCGAGUCACUAAACCUCGAGUCCAAGUCCAGUCUCGAGUCCCCAGUGUUCAAGUCCAAGUCAAGUCCAAGUCAUUAAAGAAAAUUUCAAGGCAAGUCCACUAUUGAUCCGAGUCGAGUCUGAGAACAAGACUCCAUCUGCACCAUGUGACGGUGACUGUUGCUGCCUUUAUGUGGAAGAGUCUCUGUUACUCUGUUGGACUAACGUUACUGUUCGACUGCCCCAUUUUAGUUAAUAGGCUACAGAUAAAGUUUGUUCAUCGCUCAGCAAGCCCCGCCCACUAUCAACAGAGCAAUGAACAGAGCAUGUCACUUUCUUCUCUGGGUGGAGUCUCAACAAAUGACGGUUGAAGUUCAAGGUUGUCCCUGUCGUCCCCUCGAUAGUUCUUCUACAUAUGGAACACAUAGCAGUGCAUUUUUUCCCCACUGCAUGAGAAAUCUGUAUAAGCAAAGCGGACAAUCCUGGGCGUGUUCUCUCCAGGCAUUUUAGCACCGUUAAUGUUAGUUUGUUCCUGAACAUGAUGUAUGAACAGGUGAAUGUGCAUUCUCUUGCACAAAAUUAGUAUAAAAAUUAAUAUAGAUAUCUUAUGCCAAAUUAUUAUGGCAUGUUACAAAAAAUAAAGAAAAAAUCUGAGUCCUCGUCUCCAAUUUACAAGUCCAAAUGCAGUUAAUGCACAAGUCUGAGUCCAAGUCCGAGUCAUUAGUGCUCAAGUUCAAGUCAAGUCACGAGUCAUUAAAAUUAGGGCACGAGUCGGACUCAAGUCUGAAUCCUGGACUCGAGUACUACAAGCCUGCUUGCCGGCGGUAUGAACUCUACCGAGUUCCCUUCCAGUACAGUAUUUUGAAAUGUUCCUUUGACCAAACCGCCACAUUUAACUGAAGCCUACAUGCUAAUAUAAGUUUGUUUCUGCUGUGUUUGCUGUGUACGAUACACUAGCAUAAGACUACAGCAUUAAAAAUGGACUAACUUCUCUCAUCCGUUUCUAUCUACUUCCACUAGUUUUUCAGCGAAGUUGACAAAAACAAACACUCUUGCUGCUGGAAAAUAUUGAAGAGAACCUGAUAAAUAAUACUGAAAUACUACUUAUAAAUCUAUACUGAGGGAGUGUGUGAGCAGAUUGAUAUCUCCUGAUUUACAGUGCUGUGUGCACAAAUUAGCAGAAAUGGAACUUCAGAAGCCAAUAAACAUCCCAGCAGGAACAAUUUAUUAUCUUUAAUUGCAUUCAAACAUGAAAGCCAAACAAAACCCAAAAAUAAACUUCUUUACUAACAGAAAAUAUCCAGACAAGACAUGGUCGAGUGUUCACUUGUUCAUAUUUGUCCCUGUAUACUGUGUACAGAUUAUAUUUUAAAAGAAAAACAAAGUGUCCCUGGGUGCUGAACAUCUCACUGUCUCUGAGGUUUAAAUAUCGCACUCUGAGUACAAAUUACGCAAGAAUCCAAGAUGAUGGCGUGAUUUACACGCUACACGACUUUCCGAGGCUGAGAUUGAGAGGACACAUCGCUUCUGCAUUGUUUUAAACAACCCUGAAGAUGCCGAAUGUCAAGCGUUUGGGUGUAAAAACAAAUCUGAAAGUCGCACAGGGAACUCUUUUUUUUUGCUAUUCCCAGUCCUAUAAAGGAUAUUACUGUGAAAGAGCAAACGGCAAAAUGGCUGCAUUUCAUCACUUCCUGUAUCGCUGGAGUCACCAUUUGUUUCUUCCUCCCUGAGCUCAUAUUCUUGUUUAAACAUGUACAGUUGAAUCGCUUUGUGUUCAGGAACAUUUUCCAAGUUUGCACAGCAAAACUACAAAAAAAACCCCCAGAAAAUUUCCAAGUCGAUGGCUGUGUGUUACUAAGGGAAACGGUGUACUAGUGUGCUGGUUACAUCACCAGCAGAUAUCCAGUUUCAGUGCAAGUGGCCACGCCCAAGGAACUUUUAAAAUGGAUAAAUUGCUGUUAUAAAGUUUUAUGUUUAAUUAAAACAUGCGGGUCCAUAUCAGGGCACCUCCCAUGAUCAACAAACAGAGUUUAUUUUUUAGUUUUGUUUGGCUUCAAAAUAUUGACACUGAAACAUUCUCCUGUGGAACAUGCUGUAACGCUCCUCAUAUUCACUCUAUAACAAGAUGGAUUUAUACCUAUUUAUUUCUCCCUCCACUCCACUGUCCUCCAUGUCUGAUUUUCUUGCUUGUCAUCCGAUUUGCAAUCCAAUCAGCUGGGAGAUAAAAAGAGUGUGAUGUCACUCAGCAUUCACCUAAAAAUAAUUUGACACUCAAUUGUGAAUAAACCCCACAAAUGAGCCAACAGCAAAAUUGUGAGAAAGCAGAAGAAGAGACGGCAUCUUUUUGUCCAGUGUCUCAAAUUUUUCAGUUCAACUUUUUUCUUUUAUUUUUUGCUUUUUUCUAAAAAUUUUCAGUUCGGCUCUUUUUUUCGAAUUUUUCUCAAAAUUUUUUGGUUCAACUUUUUUUUCUUUUUUGACUUUUUCUUAACAUUUUCUGUUCAAUUUUUUUUAACUUUUUCUCAAAAUUUUAAGU